AUGUCCCAAGAAGAGGCCGAGCAAUGCCAGAAUGGGGACAGCUUUUGGGGUAUCCAGACAGAGGAGGCUAGACAAGAAGGUGCCAACGUUGCUAUGGCUCAAGAAGAGGCUGCCAGCCGUCAGUUUGCUGAAAGCGUGGUCGAGCAGGCUCUCAGCGCUACGUGGGAGGUCGAAGUGGUGCAAAGGAGUACGAAAGAACUAGCUGCGCGCGGUGGACUAGAGCAGCGCAUACAGGCUCGUUAUCUGCGCUGGUUCUACGGCCAGUGCAUUUCCGUUGACGAGUUGCUGGACUAUAGAUGGCCUACCAAGCAGCAGCAAGAGAGACUCGAAGAAACAUCCUCGCCCGUCAAGAAGCGAAGACUGCCCGUUGUCCAGCCGUACGAAGAAGUUGUUGGGUCAGCAACGCCGUAUCCGCUCGACGACUUGGUGUUUCGUGAACGGUUAGAGCGCGGUGACUUGCGCUACGGGCUUCGAUCGACGUUGACAGUUCAUCACCAAGGUAUACACGGCACGAAAGGCACGCGCUUCGAGAUAACCAUGGCCCCACCCGAGUGCGCUUUUGACGAGCCCACGGCUGCAGCAAUUUUGCGAAGCGAAAUACUGGCAUUUUCGUCCGAUCUGCAAGAAGAGGGACCGCUCGAUGGUCGGUACGAGCGUCAGGACGAUCAUGCUGCGGGUGGAGAAUUAAUGCCGGGGUCUUCAGUCAACUAUCGUCGUUCUGAGGUACGCUGCUAUUAUCCGCACAUCCCAGCGAGAUUCAACGGUGUUCCAUACAAACCGAACCAGAUCAGUCCUACUCGGGAUAUUCUACGCGGGGACCAUCGAAAAGUGAACCAGCUACCGUCCCUAUCCAGAUCAAACCCGGCAGCGGAAGGCACAAAGCUGCGGCACUUGCAGAAAUCAAAGACCAAAGCGCGCGCGAAGUCCAAAGCACCGGGCGCAUCUGCGCAGCAGAAGCCCAACAACGGAAACAACUCUGGCUCAACACGCGGACUCCAAGUCGAUAUCCCUGAUGAGCGCACCGACACAACGGAGGAAGAUCCUAGGGCUCAGUUCCAGCGACAAGAACAUCAAGUCUUGUCGAAACUGUUCGCGCUCAUGGAUUUGGAUGGAAGCGGCACUGUGAAUCAAAGUGAGAUGAGGUGGGCCCUGCAGCGCGAUGCUGAGGUCCACUCCCUUGCCACGACUUCACCGCUGCUUCGCUUGCUGCUGAAGCAGCGCACCCGUCUCGAAGCCCUUUUCACAAGUCAAACUGUAGAUGGGGAUGCACAAGACAGCAACACCGGCGUAGCUACUCGAGACGAGAGCAGCGAUGAACUCUCGUGGGACGAGUUUCUAGCCCGGUGCGAACGCUCGUAUAUCUGUUUGAUGACUGAAGCAGAGGCAAGAACGAUCCGGCGAGUGUUUGCAUUACUCGAUAUCGACCAAAACGGUGUGGUGGACGUUGCCGAGGUCCGGAGAGCUCUGUACAACUCGGCCGCGAACUCUCAUAAAGGUGCUUCCAGACCAUCUUCCACUGCAGUUUCCCGAGAACUUCGAGCUCUGGUUGAGGGCUCCAAAGCAUUGCAGCCCAUGCUGCACCAAGAGCUGUUCAUGACAGCAUUCACAAAGUUUGAGCCGCUGGACCCGCGCGGGAUCAGCGAGGAAGAGUUCGUGGCUUUCUGCCUUGAGAUCGCACAGGUAGCUGCUGCCAAUAAUAUGGCGACCAGCGUAGGAUAG